AUGCCGUUCAUCUCAGUCAAUAACCAUCAAUUGCAUUAUGCUGACUCUCAUCCCGACGGAGCCCCCGCCAAUGGUCUCACUUUCUUUUUCAUUCACGGCCUAGGCUCAUCGCAGAACUACUACUUCCCGCUUCUCCUGUACCUGACCUCUCAGCAUCGCUGCAUCACCGCUGACACCUAUGGCUCUGGUCGCUCUACGUACACGGACCAGUCUGUUUCUAUCGGAUCUAUCGCUGCUGAUGUGAUUGGAUUUCUUGAUGCGCUGAAUAUUCCUCAAGCCGUGGUUGUCGGCCACUCUAUGGGUGGGCUAGUUGUGACACUUUUGGGCUCAGAACAUGCAGAUCGUGUGAAAGGUGUUGUAGCGAUUGGUCCUACUCACCCUUCUGAGACUCUAGCAUCUGUUAUGCGAAAGCGCAGCGAGACUGCCGCCGAGAGUGGCAUGGAGUCUCUAGCAAACAGCAUUCCUUAUCAAGCUACCGGAUCGACGGCGUCCCCUCUCGCUAGCUCCUUUAUCCGUGAACUCGUCCUCGGACAGAAUCCGAAGGGAUAUGCGGCGCUAUGUCAGGCGAUUGCUAAUGCCCCUACUAUCGAUUACUCGGCCAUCCAGGUGCCGUUCCUGCUAAUUGCGGGAGAGGAAGAUAAGUCGGCUAGCCUGGAGGGUUGUCAAUAUAUCUUCAGCCGCGUGUCGAGCGCCAACAAGAAGAUGGAAGUGCUGCCGCAGGUUGGACACUGGCAUUGUAUCGAAGCGCCGGACACUGUUGGAAAGACGAUCGCAGAGUUUGUCAAGGCGAGCUUUUGA